AUGCCAACAUCGGACGAAGGAUUCACUUGGACUGCCAAAGGCGGUUUUCAUGAAGGACUAACCACUGAGGCUGUUGUCCCAUCUACCCCACCGUCAGGCCUCUCUUUCAGAUAUGAUGUGAUUGUUGUCGGUGCGGGAUUUGCCGGUCUCACUGCCGCCCGCGACCUUGCUUUUAGAGGCAAAAAGGUGCUCCUCGUUGAAGCUCGAGAUCGUAUUGGAGGUCGUUGUUGGACUGCAGAGGUAGGAGACGCUACCAAAGGUGGAGCUUCCGAGCUGCAACGAUAUGACCUCGCUAAUUUUCAGGAAACUGUGGCGUUUACUGAGAACGGUGAGUUCGUGUUCAAGGAAUCGCGGUCUCACCCUGCUAGAGUGCAGGAUUCUGCGGAAGGACACUUCAUUAUGGAGCGACUAGAAGGACUGAUGGAGAAGUUCUUUGAUGUUGAUGGGCAAGGCGGGCGCAUUGUAAUCCGAUUCCCGUUUAGUACGGCUUCAAGUGUCGAACAGAGUCCGGACUACCUCGAACUGGAUAAACUCAGCCUAGCGGAUCGUAUUUCGCAGCUCGAUGGUUGCGACCAGGAGGAAAGGUCAAUGCUUAGCGCGCAUACUGCUUCUUUCUAUGGCGUCUCGCCGGAAAAGGUUUCCUUUGCCGAAGUGCUUCAUACCCAUGCGUUAUGCAACUUUGAUCCUGCCAUGAUGGAGAUAGCCACCAUGAAAUACAAGAUUGCACGAGGCACCACGGCCUUCGCGCGGGCAAUCCUUGAUGACUACAAGGGAGCCCGGAUCGUUGGUUCUCCUGAGACAUCAAUCACUCAGACAGGUGGAGAAUUCCCCGAUUAUCCUGUUACUGUCAUCCUGAAAGAUGGAAAUCAGUUUGUAUCCAAAUUCGUCAUCUCGACAAUCCCCAUCAACGUGAUCUCAUCCAUCACCUUCCCAGAGGCCUAUCGAGUCAUUAGAGACAUUUUGAUAUACUUUAGAAUUUCAUCGACGAAGGCAGACAAGCGGUCCCGUAGACAGGAAGGUAAUGAGGUCACCAUAGUCAAAAUGGUAAAAGACUAA